AUGCAAGAAGUUGAAGAGUAUUUUUUCGAAUUGCUGGUGGACAUGGAGAUGGUGACCAGAUUGAGAAGUGCCUAUCCGACCAAGAUUAUACUAGCACAGAUUCUUCUCAUGCGCGAAAUCCUACGAGUGUGGAAUCUACUCUAUAGCCAUCGAGUCGUACAAUUGCCGCCAUGUGACGAGACGACAGGAAACUAUGCGAAAGAA